AUGGGCCUAGGAGCAUGGCCCUUGCAGCAUGUCCCACAAGUCGCAAACCACACCAAGCGGAGACUGGAAGGGGUCCUGGACAAGGAGUUCCAGCUGCUUUUGCCGUUCUUCCAGAAGGCGGAAGCCCCGAGUGCCACCGUGGCCUGGGUUCCUCACAAGGGCCGGCCGGUGGUCCUCACCAAGGGUACGAAUGGUUGGGCUCCUGCCGCUCUCAGCUUCACCCAGGUGAACGUGCUCAUGUUCCUCAUCGCUGUUGCUUUCAACCUUGUUGUCGCUUUCACGGUGUCUGCAGCAUUUCUCAUGACUGUUCUGUUGAUGUUCCAAGAGCCCCACUUUUUAUUGCAGCCUGGUGCAGUGAUGAAGCCUGGCAGGUUGCAGAACAACGCGGAGACACAGCAGGCCAGCUUGCGCAUGUGA